GGACAAUCCUAACCACUACAAACACUACAAACAACACCCGGAAAAGAAGUUGGACGAGAGAUCACCUUAUAUUAUCAAAUAACUUUUUGAAAACGAGCUAGGAGGAUGAACCAACGGUCACUAGUCUCCAUCACGUGGCACUUACGGUUUUCAAUCCCAAAAUAUUUGCCACUUUAUUUUAAGAUAGAUGUCGAUCAUUAUUGUUUACUUGGAAAAAAUAUAAGAAAAGAUAAAAUCUCAUCAACUUCAAGAGGCACUCGCAACCUAUUCCAUUCCCUCACACAUGUGUUAUAACCUAAAAAAUAAGCUAUGGAAAUUUAAUGUCAUCUAAAAAAAUAAAUUUCAGUUGAAAAAAAGUUUAGUGAAGAUGGAAUAACUGUUUUUAAAACCCCUUUUAAAAACAAUUUCUAAAUCCUAUGUAUGUUUUCGGGUCAUGCAGAAAUAUCGGGUAGCUCUAUUAGGGCUGAACAGUCUAUUUGGGCAGGCAUCUUCUUUACUACUGAAGUUGUGUCCAAACAUUUACAACUUAAGACUUUAUGAUGAAAUAGAUACAAGUACGGCAGAUGACAUAAGAUUCAUGAACACACCAUGCAGAGUAGAAGCAUAUCAAGGAAAGACCAAAUUAAACGACGCUAUCAAAGGAUCUGACAUCGUUUUGAUCGGAGAUGACAUCUUUUCCACUCCUCAAACAUGUUUUGACGUCAUGGCACCUAAAAUGCAGGACUAUGCAAAAGCCAUUUCUGAAAGUUCACCGAAUGCUCUCAUCAUAGUUGCCGCUUCACCUAUCAAUAAGUUGGUCCCUGUGCUGUCUGAGUUGUUACAAGAAAAUGGCUAUUACGAUUGCAAUAGGGUGGUGGGGACGACAUCAUUCCACAAUAUCCGAGCGAAUUGUAUCCUGGCUUCCUAUAUCAACACUGAUCCUCGAUCGGUAUUUUUACCUGUUGUUGGCGGUGAUUCUGAAGAUACAAUUGUCCCACUGUUUUCUCAAGCUAAACCACAUUUCAAUAUUUCAGAAGCUGUUAUGAAAAGAUUAAUAGAAGAAAUCAAACAAGCAUCACCUUUAAUAUAUGAAGCAAAAGGAAGUACAGAAGCUUUAAAUAAAGCUCAUGCCACUGUAAAAUUUUUGAAUUCAGUAAUUGCAGGGCUGAGGGGUGAACCUAACAUUAUGAACAUUGCUUUUACAAAAACCACACAAGUUGAUGGUACAGAAUAUUUUGCACUUCCAGUCUUAUUUGGAAGGUUUGGAAUACAAGCAAGAUAUGGAAUCCCUAGAAUAUUACCUUUUGAAAAUGAUUUAAUAAGAGAAUCUGUAUUUAAUUUACAAAAAGAUACGGAAUUUGCAAAAUUAUUUUGUAAAACUAGAGAAACUGCAGCUGAAACCUGUAGCCGUAAUGUUGCUAUCAGAUACAGGAAAAGUAAAGAAUUUGAACAGUUUGUAAAUGGGUUAAAAAUAAACAAGAAAGAAAGUGCGACUGAAGAUAAAAUAGUUGAUAAAAUAAAACCACCGAUUCCAGUAGAAGUUAGGCAUUUAUCGGGAGAUAAUCCAUUUGACCCGAAAGCAUUCUGUUUACGGCAUAAAAGUGAUAAUCUGGAAAAAAAUAGAAUUAUUCCAGCAUAUAUGAGAACUGGUGAAAGUAUUUCGCCAGUAAGUUUAGACUACACUUUAGGAAAUAAUAAUGGAAUAGCUCAAUUUGUGCCAAAGUCCUCUUCUGCAAAGACUCACUUGUGCGAACCUGCUGUUUGCCCUGACAAACCUAAUGAAAGAAAAAUAAGUUUCAACAGUAUAGUUUCACUAGUAGAAAGUCUUGUUAAAAAAACUACUGAAAAAAUGAUACUUGAAAAGGAGCAAGAUGAAAGCCUAAAAAUGAAUUUAAAAGAAAUUGAAAAUUUAAAAUCUGGAUCAGAAAAAACUAAAUACCCUAAAGCGAGGCCCAGUAAAGUUGAAAACAACUUUAGAAAAAUUGAUGAAAUGUUGAAACGUAAAACAGCAAAUGUUGGAAGUUUUAAAUCAAGUUCUAAAAAUAUUCAAAAUCUCACUCAAAAAGCAAAAAAUGUAAUAAAGAAUAAAUCUAUUUUAAUCAAGGAUGGUACAAGUGAUUUUGCGGACAUAAGUGCCACCCCAUUAGGAAAAAUAAAUAUUAACAAACAGAUUAAUGAUAAGACAAACCCACAAAAUAGGAAAUAUCAAGAAAAGGCUUUGGAUUCAAUUUUCAUACCUGUAGAAGGUACUUUAAAGGAAAGAUUUGAUUAUAAAUCAGGUAUAAGAAAACCUAUUCAUCCCAAUUAUCAUAAACAAGAUGAAACAAGAGAACAAAACAGUAUACUCAAUGAAAAGUAUAGUAAAACAAAGUUUGACAGCUCCUAUAAUGGUCAAGGAGUAUUUAAUCUCAAGUCCAAAAAUCAAACUUCUCAGAAGCAAAACAUAAUAGAUCCUUCAAGUGCUACUACUAAUACUCCCAUAUCAGAAGUCAAUAAAAAAUACAGAAAUGCAUCAAUAAAUAAAAACUUAUUUAACCAUAUCAACCAUACAAAACAGUAUGAUAAGGAAAAGGACUCAAAUAAAAGUCAACAAAACAGUGUCACACACAAAUCAAAUUUACAUAAACAAAUAUUACUUAACACUUCUUAUGAAUCAGAAAAAGAUAUGUUAGAUGAUAACAAGAAAACUUUUACAACCAAUAUUUAUGGAAAUGUCUACAGAAAACAUCUUCAGCCUGCUCAAGAUUAUAAAAUUGAACAGUAUAAAUCCGAUAGUUUGGAGAAUGUGAAGAGUGAAAAAUUAGCCCAUAGCAUUGCUAAGUUGGAAAAUAAAAAAUAUACUAGGGAUAGAUAUAACACUGUUUUUAAAAAACGAAAUCAUACAUUUGAUAAAAAGUUUAAUACAGACAAUUCUUUGUUUAAAAUAAAAGACGUUAAGAAUAUGAAAAAUGCAUUAUUAGGAAACCUAUCUCUGAAUAAAGAAAACAUGAUUUAUGAUAAGAUAAAUAAAAAAGCAUAUGAAUUAUUAGUUGGGAAAAAUUCAGGGAAAAACAAUAAUAGAAUCAUCGGAAAUUUGAAGAGUUCACCUGGUGAUAAAUUAUGUAAAGAUACUAAGGAUUUUGUCAAGUACAAGUUAAGAAGUAAACAUCUUAUAAAUAAAUUAACAAAUAUAAGAGACAAAGAUAAUACAAGUCUGACUGCAAAGAAUAAAAAUAUUAGAACGAAUUCUGAAAGUAAAUCCAAUGAGGAAGUAAAAAGUAUUUGCUAUAAUGCAUUUUCGAAUGAAGUAACACAAAUCAAUAACAUUGCUGAAAGAUGUGAAAAGGAACUAAUUUCAGCCAUAAAUAACCCAUCUACAAGCAAAAAUAAUAAUAUUGAAAACAAUUCAAUUUUUCUAAGUACAAAAAAAAUAAAAUCGAUACCAGAAUAUAAACAUAAUAAAACACAAACUGAUAUUUCAUUUCAAGGAAACCAAAGUAGUUUACAUGUAAGCAAAGAUCUUAAUAUGUUCAUGAAAACACUAGAUAGUGAUGUUUUCGAAUAUGAUGACAGAGUGAACACAAAUGAUUUCACCAUUAAUGAAGUUAAACAAGUAAAUACAACUAAAAAUGACUUGCGUGUACCCGAAGAACAAAGCCCUGUAACAGAUGCUACAGCCUCCAAUCAGGACCAUAUAAUUAAAAAAAACAAUGAAUUUAUAACAUCUGAAAUAAAUGAAGUACAAAUGGAUCUUGAAAAUCCGCAAACCCUUCAUCAAAUUGUAAAUUCUGAGCCAACUGAAAUGACAUUUGAAGAUGUUAUUAAAGAAAUCAAAUUAGCUUUGCAGCCUUUAAACCAACAGAAUAAAGCUAUUGAUACUAGCAAACAUAACGAAGAUGAAAAAUCAUUUCCAAAUGUCAUAGAGGAUAACAGUGAAACAGAAAAUCUAAAUAUGAAUAAUGAAAACAAAACAAAUGAAGGGUCGGAUUCUUUUCCUCAAAAUAAAGCAGCUACUUUAAAAGAAUCCCCUAUUUUCUACAAAAAUAUGGCCCAUGAACUCAUUUCUGAAGAGAAAGACUCAGUGAAAAAUCAUAUUGGUUUCAAUCAAUUGAAAAUAUCGAAAAUAAAUAAUGUUUUGAAAAAUAUUUCAAAAUCCUCUGAUAAAAGUAGGAAAAUUUUAAACAAAUGUCAUAAAGGUACAUCAGUUACUCAAACAAAAGUUCCUGGUGUAACUAAUAAUCUACACUAUAAUAACAAAUUAUCAUCAACUACUACAGAAAAAUAUGUAUCAAAUAAAACCAAAGGAAAUAGAAACAAUAAAAAAACUGACCUGCAUGAGGGAGACAGUAUUAUUGUAACUAAUAAUCUACACUAUAAUAAUAAAUUACCAUCAACCCCUACAGAAAAAUAUGUAUCAAAUAAAACCAAAGGAAAUAGAAACAAUAAAAAAACUGACCUGCAUGAGGGAGACAGUAUUAGCUAUAUAAAAUCACUGCGUAUUAGUUCAAAAGAAAAUAAUAAACCACAAAGAAAAAAUGCUAAGCAGGAAGGCUUUAAAGUGAGUAUUAUGAAUCUUAAUGAUUUAGAGGUUCCAGUUAACCCUAUUAAACAGAAAAAUACCAGUAUCAAAAAUUCAAUUAAAGGUAAGAAACCAUUAGCACCUUUGAGCAAAUAUUCAAAGUCAUUCAUUUCUUCAAAAUAUAAUUUACUUAGUAAGAAAAAAAAUGUCCCAGAAAUGGAAGAAUUUUUUUCAGGACAUGUUGGCCAGAAGGUAAAUGAAAUAAAUAAAACAGAACAUUCUUUCAGUUUAAGAGACAAAAAUGGAAUAAACAAUUAUUUUUUGUUAAAAGGUUUAUUACCAAAAAUUAAAAAUAACAAACACGAUUUACAGAAUCAAAAUGGUGUUUUAUCUUUAUUAAAAACAAAGGUCUGUAAUGAAGAUCCUUUUAUGUCUAUAAAGGAUAAAGAAAAAAAUAAAAUAAAUACAGCAAAGAACAAAUUAGUCAAACCUCAUUUGAAGAAACAAAUAAAUUACACCUCAAAUAAUGGCAAUAGUGAAUCUGCUUCACUGUUGAUCACACACAAUUCUGUUUAUAGUAGCAGUUGUCCUGUUCAUGAAUUUAAACACUAUCUCAAUGUAAAAGAUGAUCAUAGUAAAUCUACUUCUUCAACCAGUAAAGGCAAUAUGUUAAAAAUCAAUGAUGCUAUGCUUAGUAAUUUAUACAGGAUGUGCAACAAAGUAACUAAUAGUGAAAAAAAUUCAUCUCAUCAAUUAAGUCAAAAGACCCAUAAUUUCAAACUUUACAGUACUUCAGCUUUGCCAAUGAAGAACAAAUCACCUUCUUCCCUUUGUGUAGAAAAAAGGAAAACUGUGAAACAGGUUCUGUCAAAAAAUGAGGUUACAGGAGCAAAACUUCCUAAAGGAUUUAUUAAAAAACAAAGGAUUACUAAAAUUUUAGAAAAGGAUUUAAAAAAAAUUAAUCCAUUGAAAAGUAGUAAAUACAGAAUUGCAGAAACACAGCCUGAACACACAAAAACAUUCAAACCAACACAGGCUAUGGAAAGAAGCACAACACAGAAAGCCUGUCAUUUCCAACCCCAUGUUAUGGGCAGUACCAGUAAAAUUGAAGAAAACUUUUUCAAUUCAAGUUUCAAUUCAUCAUGCAUUGAAAGGUAUCUUAAAACUCCUCCAAAAUAUAUACCACGUCAAGAAUUAUUCCAUCCAAAAAAUUACCUGGAAUAUAGAAAUUCUCCUAAAGGUAGGAGAGUGACAGACAUAUACAAAAUAAAUUGGUCAAAUUCAUUUAAUAAUAAACAACAAACUAAAACAAAUUCAGUGUCAGUUGAAAAUGAUAUAUUAGUCAGAGGAACGUGUCUUGAUCAUGUUAAAAAUAAAUUUGCAUCAAAUAAAGCUACUAAGCAUGAACUAAGCAAUGAUGCUUACUGUGAUGAACAAAAAACUGUUGUAAACUCAAUGGAUUCUUCUUCUUUAUCAAAUGCCUUCAUACAGUAUACAAAAGAUUGUGUUAAGUGUGAAUAUCCAACAGAGGAAAAACUUCCAUCGAUCCGACUAUUACAUAAAUGUGCUUUUCGUUCUAAGUAGAAUAAAUUGUUUUUGUCUGU